AUGCUCAGUGGAAUAUAUCGCUCUUUUUCAGCCAAACUCAAAUUUAUUGCUUCUGCGGCUAAUAUACCCCAUCCUCAGAAAGCACACUUUGGUGGUGAAGAUGCAUGGUUUAUAAACGAGAAGAACAACACAAUUGGUGUUGCCGAUGGUGUUGGUGGCUGGGCAAAUGUUCCUGGAGCAAAUGCCGCAAAGUAUGCAAAAGAUUUAAUGAAGAAUUGUUCAGAUAAUUCGCAUUUAAAUACAUCUCUCGAAAUCCUCAGAAAAGGAUACGAUUUAAUGGAUCCGAAAUUAUUAGGAUCUACUACAGCGGUUAUCGCUGCAAUUCGUGAUUCUAAAAUCGAUUUAAUAAAUCUCGGAGAUUCUGGAGCUUCUUUGUUCAGAGGUGUCAGAACGAUAUUCGAAACUUCCCCCCAAACGUUCAGCUUUAACUUUCCAUAUCAACUUGGUACGCAUUCAGAAACUGUACCCGAAAAUGGAGACAGAAAAUUACUUGAGGCGCAUCCUGGCGACGUUAUUAUAUUAGCAACAGAUGGUGUCUACGAUAAUGUUUGGGCUUCUGAUAUAGAAAGAGAAGUUAAUAGAGCAAAGAAAUUAAGUGUUCCGCAGAAGAUUGUAAAAGAGAUUUCUUCCGUAAUUGCUGAUAUGGCUCAUAAAAAUGGUCUCAAUACCAGAUACGAUUCGCCAUUUGCUGCCGAAGCAAGAAGAAAUGGCUAUGGUGGACAAAUUGGCGGCAAAUUAGAUGAUGUGACGAUUGUUUCUGCUAUGAUUGUUAAUGAAUAA